GCAAAAUUUGACUUUCCCUAAUACUGAUGCUAUCGCUUUGCUCUCUGAGAAUAACUCAAUGCUAAGCGCUCAUAGGGCUCAGCUGAGAUGCCAAGCCAUCUCCUCGGGCGCGCCAUCUUCUGAUUCUCAGUGAUUCAGACUCACACCCGCUAUCCUGCAAACUCAAGCUUCGUCACUACCCUCUCAGUCCCCAGACAACAGGACCAGUUACUCCGACUUGUCUAUCCUUUCUCCGUUAAGAUUCCGCGUUUCUAGUCAAGAGAGGACGAACUUCAAUACUAUGUCGGGUCCAGCGCCUGACAGUUGGAUCAUAGGUCUUUUGGGCGAUCGUGGCGUUGGCAAAUCCGCCAUCGCUACGCAGUUCGUCCUGGAUCAUAACAUAGAAGAGCGCGAUGAUACAAAGCGGCUUUUCAUCGACUAUCAAAUGUGUGAUAUUCGUAUCAUUGAUCCUCGUUGGGAAAAAGAGCCCUUGCGCCCUAGCCACCGAUGUUUUCAGGAAAGCCAUGGAUUCCUCCUCAUAUACUCUGUUACCUCCCGAUCAUCAUUCGACGGCAUCGACGCCCACCAUUCACAAUUACUCCAGAACUACUCCUUCAAACCACAUCGACAUGGCUUGAAGGAGAAACCAGUAUUCCUUCUGGUCGGGAACAAGAGCGACAAGACUGAUCAGCGAGAGGUUUCUCGGGAAGAAGGGAUCGCGAAGGCGAAGAAACUUGGAUGCGAGUUCUCUGAGACAUCAGCGAAGACAGCCAUGAAUCUAGAGCGAACCUUCCAGGUUCUUGUGAGGCAACUACGAGUGAAGGGGCAGACGGGCGUGUUUCCAACGCAGACUAGGAAAGCGAAGAGACAUGUACACUGUGUUGUUGUAUGACCUUCAGUAAUACUACGAUCUCUCCUUGACUUAUGUAACUUGUAUCACCGAUGUAUCCUCCUCUCACAGUCAGUUGUCCCCUCAAUGUGCAUUCCGA